CGAGAUCUGCCUGCCAUCGAAUCCACAGUUACUCCGCAGGCUUUGCUAUCGCCUCUGUGGUGUUGACGGAAACUAUUCAUGCAGCCUACUUUGUCAGCGAGUACGGACAUAACAUACAUUUAGUCAUCGGGCACGAAGAGCCUGUAGCUUAUUCAUCGAUCUAAUCGUAUUGUGCAUGAUAGUUAAAUGUUCUGACUUUACGCACGUAGAAUAGGCAACAGCAAUCCACAUCAAGGCACUUGUUGAUUUGAAUAGGCUUACUACUUAGUUUUUUUUUUGGGGGGGGUGUGACCUGCGGCUACAGAUGGAUCGGAGUCCAUUGGGAGGUUGUCAUUAGUUUACCCAGGUUGUGUGGUACAGAGGCGGAUACAGAUGGCGCUGAUCCUCAGCUUUUAAGAGGUGGACAGCCCGGCAGCGUCCUUCAGGAACGUCAACAUCCUCGCUAUCAGCUACCGAGGGAGGGGGCAUGGGCAACCAGGUGGAUAAAAUGAAACUGUCACAUCUAAGUUACGCAGAAGUUCCCACAAUGGACCCCAACGGGCUGGACACUGAGGAGGGUCCUCGGAUCGGAGUGUCAUAUAUCUUCUCAACAGAUGACGAGGAACAGGAGGGUGAAAACAGUAAGGUAGACGGAGCGGCUAAGGAGCACCACACUGGUACGGAACAGAAACACUACGACAAGAGCAACGAGGUGGAUUGCGCUGUUUACCACCGGGAGGAAUGUAUUUAUGAGAAGAGCGUCAAGACCGCGAGCAUGGAAAUAUACUCCCCCGAGAAUAUACUACACAAAUGCAAGGCAGGUGACCUGGUGGAGUUUGUAACCACGGGGCAGUACCCCCACUGGGCGGUGUAUGUCGGUGACUUCCAGGUGGUGCACCUGCACAGAGCAGAGAUAAAGAGCAGCUUCCUGACAGGCGCCAGCCAGGGAAGGAGAUGUAGGAUAGUCAACGAGCUGUAUAAAUUCAAAGCCCUCAGCGCCGAGAUGGUGGUUCAGAACGCUAUGGAACAGGUAGGAGCUAAAGACAGAGAGUUGAGCUGGAGAAAUUCAGAGUGCUUUGCUGCUUGGUGCAGGUUUGGCAAACGGGAGUUCAAAAUGGGCGGGGAUAUCCGGAUAGGAAAACAGCCAUACAGGUUAAAGAUCCUGAUGUCAGAUAAACAGUCUCACAUGCUGGAGUUCCAGUGUUUAGAGGACUUGGUCAUGGAGAAGAGGAGACACGACCAGGUGGGAAGGACAUCAGUGGUCCAGGAGCUGGCCAAUCAUUUGAACAGUGUGGAAGAGAUCAAAAGGAAUCCACUCAGUGAUCCAAUAACUGCACAGAUUGCUCAGUGAUCUGAUGGAUUUAAGAUGAUGAUGUCCCUUUCCUAUCCAAUCACAGACCACUAAGUGGAGAACCAAACACACAUUUUAUAAUACAUGUUGAUGAAUUGAAUCAAAUGGCACAUUUUGUUUUUUUGAUGAAUAGAAUCAAAUGGCACAUUCUGUUUUUUUGAUGAAUAGAAUCAAAUGGCACAUUCUGUUUUUUUGAUGAAUAGAAUCAAAUGGCACAUUAUGUUUUUUUGAUGAAUAGAAUCAAAUGGCACAUUCUGAUGAAUAGAAUCAAAUGGCACAUUCUGAUGAAUAGAAUCAAAUGGCACAUUAUGUUUUUUGAUGAAUAGAAUCAAAUGGCACAUUCUGAUGAAUAGAAUCAAAUGGCACAUUCUGAUGAAUAGAAUCAAAUGGCACAUUCUGAUGAAUAGAAUCAAAUGGCACAUUCUGAUGAAUAGAAUCAAAUGGCACAUUCUGAUGAAUAGAAUCAAAUGGCACAUUCUGAUGAAUAGAAUCAAAUGGCACAUUCUGAUGAAUAGAAUCAAAUGGCACAUUCUGAUGAAUAGAAUCAAAUGGCACAUUCUGAUGAAUAGAAUCAAAUGGCACAUUGUUUUUUGAUGAAUAGAAUCAAAUGGCACAUUGUGAUGAAUAGAAUCAAAUGGCACAUUCUGAUGAAUAGAAUCAAAUUGCACAUUGUUUUUUGAUGAAUAGAAUCAAAUGGCACAUUCUGAUGAAUAGAAUCAAAUGGCACAUUCUGAUGAAUAGAAUCAAAUGGCACAUUCUGAUGAAUUGAAUCAAAUGGCACAUUCUGAUGAAUUGAAUCAAAUGGGAUUUUCUGUUUUUUGAUGAAUAGAAUCAAAUGGGACAUUCUGUUUUUUGAUGAAUAGAAUCAAAUGGGACAUUCUGUUUUUUGAUUGAUGGAGAAAAUUGUCUCAAAGGUGCAGAAUAUGAUUUGUUUAUGAAUCAUAAUGAUUGACAUGAUAAUAUACUUUGCAUGUUUUCAUGUCUCUAACAGGAAACUAUCAUACAAACAUACCUAUAGGCGUAAGGUUAUCUCAUUCUGAUGAAAACAUGUUGUAGAGCAUAGGUUGAUCAAUCAUCUCGCUUAUUGUACGGUACCAAUCAUCUGAGUCAAGUAAAUUAUCAUUACAUCUUUGCAAUCGAACUGGCUUUUAUUCCUGGCUGUCUACAGGUGUGUGUUUCUUCAGACACUCUCUCUAGACCAAAAUGGAUGCUUUCCAAGUGGACCCCUAUUCCCUAUAGUGCACUACUUCUGCCCAGGGCUCCAAAGAAGUGCACUACUUCUGCCCAGGCCUCCAAGGUAGUGUACUAUGAAGGGGAUAGGGUGAGGUUUGGAACACAACCAUAGUCUUUUCAUCAUUUACUUCCUGUUUCUACAUGCUUUACAGUCAGCCUCAUACCAGAGAACUAGCCUGUUUCCACCUGCUUUACAUGCUGUCAGCCUCAUACCAGAGUACUAGCCCGUUUCCACCUGCUUUACAUACAGUCAGCCUCAUACCAGAGUACUAGCCUGUUUCUACCUGCUUUACAUACAGUCAGCCUCAUACCAGAGUACUAGCCUGUUUCUACCUGCUGUAGUCAGCCUCAUACCAGAGUACUAGCCUGUUUCUACCUGCUUUACAGUCAGCCUCAUACCAGAGUACUAGCCUGUUUCUACCUGCUUUACAUACAG